AUGUUUGCAGAGGUGUCUCUCCUCACCAUCAUGUACUACGAUCGCUACAUUGCCAUCUGCAGACCCCUGCACUAUGAGACCCUCCUGGGCAGCAGAGUUUGUCUCCACCUGGCAGCAGCUGCCUGGGCCUGUGGCUUUCUCUUUGCUCUGCUGCACACAGCCAAUACAUUUUCCCUGCCCCUCUGCCAGGGCAAUGUUGUGCACCAGUUCUUCUGUGAAAUCCCCCAGAUCCUCAAGCUCUCCUGCUUCAGGUCCUACCUCAGGGAACUUUGGCUUAUUGUGGUCAGUGCCUGUUUAUCAUUUGUCUGUUUUGUGUUGAUCGUGGUGUCCUAUGUGCAGAUCUUCAGGGCAGUGCUGAGGAUCCCCUCUCAUCAGGGACGCCACAAAGCCUUUGCCACCUGCCUCCCUCACCUGGCUGUGGUCUCCCUGUUUCUUAGCACUUCUUUCUUUGCCUACCUGAAGCCCUCCUCCAUCUCCUCCCCAUCCCUGGACUUGGUGGUGUCAGUUCUGUACUCAGUGGUGCCUCCAGCAGUGAACCCUCUCAUGUACACCCUGAGGAACCAGGAGCUGAAGGCUGCCCUGAGCAAACUGAUCCCUGGAUGCUCUCAGAAGCAAUAA